UACAUUUCUGCCGAAUAGAUUUCAAUUUUACAAUAUUUUCAGUCAUUUCGAGUAACUUCACCUGUUCAGUCCUAAAAAUCUCUCUCCCUUACUUUUCGAAUCAUGGGCAAUUGGCGUCGUCCCGCAAACGUUUCCUUCCCCAAAGUCUGGCAUACCUUCACUGCUCCCGACUUGGAUGGCACUCUCGUUCAAUACGAAAUCCGUGACUUACCUCCAUCCCGAUUUCAAGAGGCUUGUGAUCUCAUGAUAAAUCACUACAUCCCCGACGAACCUUUAGCUCGCGUCAUGAAUCUCAAAGACGAACCCGAAUCCAUCAACGAAUAUGUCGAUUUAUGGAAAGGCGCCAUGCAACAAGGAAUUGUCAUUGGUUGUUUCAAAGGCGAUGAACUUGUUGGAGUUAAUUUUACAGGAGUUGCUUCCAAAAGUGAUCCGAAAGAGGAACAUCAUUAUAAGGGACGCGCCUUUCGUUUGACAAUCGAACUUUAUUUGUGGAUUUUGGAUCAGUUUGUCAUGUACGAUGAAUUUGGAAUUGAUAAGUACAUGCUGGCUUAUGGCAUGGGAGUUGAUACGCGUUAUCGAUACAGAGGCAUUGCCACGGAAUUCUUAAAAGCACGUAUUCCGAUGAUGAAAGCGCUUGGUUUGAGUCAUACAGCGACACUUUUUACAUCGGUUGGCACGCAAAAAGCUGCUGUUAAGGCGGGAUAUUCGACUUAUUAUGAAAUUAAAUAUGACGAUUGCAUUAAAAUGGGAUAUCCGCUUGAAGGAAUCGGCGUCGAAUAUGCUAAAUUACAAGGAAUUGGAUUGAACAAGUAGCAACGAAAUCGAUUGAAGAUUAAUAAUUUAGUGAAAAAAUGAAUAGGGAGUAGUUGAAUGCACUUUUUGCUUAUUUAAACUUCCAACAUUGGUAAUUUUAUUGUGAUAGCAUUGGAUAAAAGGCAUAAAUAAAUAAUCACAGCAAUCAUCCUAAAGCAAUUGUGGAAAAUUUUCAAGGGAUUUUCUGACAGAGUCAUAGAAAAAAGUUAAUUUUGUGGUUUUUACGCAAGAUUUUUUUUUAAUAUUUGAUCAAAUUAUCGAAAUAUUUCGUUAAAUAUGAGAUUUUUUUGAUAUAAUAAUGAAAUUUUUUAUUCAAAAGCUAAUGAAAUCAGGAAAUAACUUUCAAAAACACAAAAAAUCUGAAAAAUUAGCAAAAAAUUCAAUAUGUAUACCUUUUCGAUUUUUCGAAAGAUCGAUUCUAACCUCAAAAAUUUCAUAAUCUAAUUAAAAAAUUUACCUUAUUUUUUCACAAAAACAUUUUUCAUAGCAAAAAAAAAUAAUAUUCAUAAGAAAUAUCAUUAAUUUUAUUAUUUGCAUUCAUUUGUACUUGUAAUAUUAACUUUUUACACAGAUCUUAUACACAAGAAAGGACGCUUUUUUCUCUAACCAAAAUUUUCAUUGCUUCCGCUAAUACUAAAAUUUCAUCAUAAAUAACUUAAAUCUA